UAGAUAUUUAAACAGACGGACAACAACGGAUCAGACAGAGAUUAACUUUCCUGCUACAUUAAUACAUGAUGACAUGAGGAACACAUGAGGAAAUAAAUGAGGUGAAAACAAUGAUUAAACUAAAGAAGGAAAUAAAUCUGGACAGCUUCUAGAUCAGGGGUCACCAAUGCAGUGCCCGCGGGCACAAGGUCGCCCGCAAGGACCACGAGGCAUGUUCUAAAAAUAGCCCUGGUCACAAUGGAGCUCUGUCUAAAACAUUUUUGUUGCUUUACUUUUUGAAUCAGAAUCGCUUAAUGCAGAUUUUAAAAUGACGAUAUUUAAUAUCAAAAUUUUAAAACAAAAAUGUUUUAUGUGUAUAACGAACUCUGGCCUUUUCUGGAGUCAAAGGUCAAUAUUGCGCGCAUGUCAAUGGUCAACACAUCUCUUUCCUGACACAGUGACGCGGUGCAGCGACGAUGAGGAGUUACUUGUGCUUUAGCCCCAAAAAACAUGGCAGAAAAGCGACAGAGGACAUACUAUUUUCACAGUGAUUGGGAGGAAGAGUUCUUUUUUUACGUCAGUCAAAGAAAAAUGUGUGUGUCUUAUUUGCGGGACGACUAUUGCAACAGCAAAGCGGCACAAUGUGGAGAGACACUUCAGUACGUGUCGCGAAAGCUUCAAUGCUAACUACCCACCCGGCAGCGCAUUAAGGACACUGAAGCUUUGGACAAACAACAGUCUUUUUUCACGAGGCCGGUGAAAAAAAUCACAAAAAGCAACCGAAGCUUCGUUUAGAGCUGCACAUGUUUUGAUAAAGAACAAGAAAGGAGGUUUUUAAAGAAGCUAUGAUGAUUGUUGCUAACACAGUCUUCAAAGAGAGAAGCAUGGUCCCGAUGUCAUCUCUGCCCUCUCCGAUGUCCAACUUGGAGCAAGUACGAUGGCUAGACGGGUGUCAUUUAUGUCCGAGAACUUAACAGAGCAACUGGACCGGGAUCUCGCUACGUGCAGGUGGUUUAGCAUCCAGUGUGACGAGUCGGUCGACAGCACCAGCACAGCUCAGCUGAUGAUAUCUCUACAAAAGAAGACACUUCUGCCCCUGAAGACAACAACGAGGGGAAUUGACAUCUACAACGCGGUGAAAAGCUUCUUUUUGGAGAAAAAGGUACCAUUAGAGAAGCUGGUGUCGGUGACAACAGACGAGGCCUCCGCCAUGACGGGCCGGCAUGCAGGCUUCAUUGCGCAAUGCAAAGCGCUGUUGGCCAGCAGGGCAGAAGUAGAAGUUGAAUGCCCCCUCGGCCAGUUCCCAUGUGGGAACAUGAGUGAGUGUCUCCCUCAGGCUCUGCACUGUAACGGAUAUAAAGACUGUCCGAAUGGAGCGGACGAACGGCGCUGUGGGGACAAUAUUGGUUGGGCGGACUUAUUUGGCCGAACACUACAGAAUCCCAGUCCUGUGGACUUCCUGGAUGAGUGCUUCUUGCAGGAGUAUCCAGAGAGUUGUGACUGCGUACUGACAGAUGUUGAGUGUGUGGAGGUCAACCUGCAGGAUGUUCCACCACUCUCUCCAAAUGUUACCUGGCUGUCGCUGAGGAGCAAUGAGAUCCGAGUGUUGUCUGAUUAUGUCUUCUCAGCGUAUCCUGCCCUGGAGAGACUGUUUCUGCAAAACAACAGCCUCCAGUUCAUAUCCAAACAUGCCUUCAGCGGCCUGUACAAUCUAAAGAGGUUGUUUCUCAGUGAGAACUUGAUAUCCUCGCUUAGUCCUGGUGUGUUCAGGGACCUCCAUCAGUUACAGUGGCUGAUGUUGGAUCAUAACCCACUAAGCAGCUUGUCCCAGGACACCUUCAUUGGGCUCCAGUCUCUCAUGUACCUAUCCAUGGUGGACACCUCGCUGCAGCAGCUUCCUUACCCGAGUUUCUGUCAACACAUGCCUGCCUUGGACUGGCUGGAUCUUGAGGGAAAUCUGAUUCAAACUCUCAACUACUCAAUCUUGAAGACAUGCAGCAAGCUUGAAGUACUAUUACUGAUGGACAACAGGAUCAGAAGAGUUCCUGAAAACACCUUCCAGUCUCUGUUGAAACUGGCUGAACUGAAUCUGUCCAGCAACAAGAUCAGGGAGCUGCCGAAAAACACCUUUAAGAGCCUUUCCAAGUCGCUCCUCAAACUAAAUAUUUCCCACAAUCCCCUUCUCCGCAUUCACCCCAGCCACUUCAACCACCUGACACAUCUUCAGUCUCUGGCGCUGGAAGGGCUUGAGAUACCAGAUAUUCAGACUAAGAUGUUUCUGCCUAUGAAGAACCUCUCCCACAUCUACUUUAAGACGUUCCAGUACUGCUCCUAUGCACCUCAUGUCAGGUCCUGUAAGCCCAACACAGACGGUAUCUCCUCUUUUGAGGACCUGCUGGCUAACAUAGUGCUGCGGGUGUCUGUGUGGGUCAUGGCCUUCAUUACCUGCUUUGGUAACCUUUUAGUCAUUGGCAUGCGGUCGCUGAUACGAGCUGAGAACAACCUGCAUGCUGCCUGCAUCAAAGUCCUCUGCUGCGCAGACUGUCUCAUGGGAGUUUACCUGUUUUUUGUUGGAGUGUUUGAUGUGAAAUUCCGCGGGCAGUACAAUCGUAAUGCCCUGCUCUGGAUGGAGAGUGUGGCGUGUCGGACCAUUGGAUUCCUGGCCAUGCUCUCCUCAGAGGUGUCUGUUCUCCUCCUGACCUACCUGACUCUGGAGAAGUUCCUGGUCAUUGUCUUCCCUUUCAGCAAUCUGCGCCCAGGCAAACUUCAGACUGGGGUGGUGCUGGCCUCUAUCUGGCUACUGGGGUUCAUCAUUGCUGUUGUUCCCCUAAUGAAUGAGGACGUGUUUGGAAACUACUAUGGACGUAAUGGGGUCUGCUUUCCCCUGCACUCUGACAGGCAAGAAAAACCUACUGCCAAAGGAUAUUCCACAGGGAUUUUUCUGGGUCUAAACCUGGUGGCAUUCCUGGUGAUCGUCUUCUCCUACUCCAGCAUGUUCUAUUCCAUCUAUAAAACUGGCAUCAAUGCGACAGACCUGAGGAGCAGACUGCACAGAGAUGUGGCUGUGGCCAACAGGUUUUUCUUCAUAGUGUUCUCUGAUGCCCUCUGCUGGAUUCCCAUAUUUUUGGUGAAAGUCCUCUCACUUAUGGAGGUGGAGAUACCUGGCACCAUUUCCAGUUGGUUAGUCAUCUUCAUCCUUCCCAUCAACAGCGCCUUGAACCCCAUCCUCUACACCUUGACCACCAGCUUCUUCAGGGAGCAGGUGGAACUUUUACUCUGUCGGUGGCAGAGGAGACACACCUUGAAAAAAGAUCGGAAAAGCCUCACCUCCUCCACAAUCUUCAUGGAGACGUCAAGGGCUCCUUGCUACCAUCCACCAGCCUACCUCCAGCGUGUGUCACUGACCAGCGCAGAUCCUCGCUAUGCCUGAGGGAGGCAGGAAUCAUUUUGAGCUAUCUGGGGUUCAGUGUCUUGCUCAAGGACAUGUGGACAGGAGGAGCCAGUGAUCAACCCUACAAUUAAUGGAUGAC